CCCCGCUAACCCCGCCCCUCUGCAGACACAGAACGGGAGCUCCAUUCAAACAAACCGAACUCCGCGCCCCGGGGAUGCGACAGUCGCUGUAGGAAGAGAGACAGACAACCACAGACACACAGUGCACCCCCCGAGCUCCGGACAGACAGGGCAGACAGACAGGGCCGACAGACAGACAGCCGGAGACACAGACAGACACACCGAGCGCAGUCUGCUAGCAGGAGGCUAACAGCUAACAGCUAACAGCGACAUGGCGAGCGCCUCGUACCACAUCUCCAACCUGCUGGAGAAGAUGACCUCCAGCGACAAGGACUUCAGGUUUAUGGCCACUAACGACCUGAUGACGGAGCUACAAAAAGAUUCAAUCAAACUGGACGACGACAGCGAGAGGAAGGUGGUGAGGAUGAUUCUCAAACUGUUGGAAGACAAGAACGGAGAAGUUCAGAAUCUGGCCGUCAAAUGCCUGGGGCCCCUCGUCAGUAAGGUGAAGGAGUACCAGGUGGAGACGAUCGUGGACACUCUGUGCACCAACAUGCUGUCGGACAAAGAGCAACUCAGAGACAUUUCCUCCAUCGGACUCAAAACUGUGAUCGGAGAGUUACCGCCCGCCUCCAGUGGCUCUGCUCUAGCUGCAAGCGUUUGUAAGAAGAUAACGGGUCGCCUGACGAGUGCCAUCGCCAAACAGGAAGACGUGUCUGUCCAGCUGGAGGCGCUCGACAUCAUGGCUGACAUGCUCUGCAGACAAGGAGGUCUGUUGGUGAACUUCCAUCCCUCCAUCCUCAGCUGUCUCCUUCCUCAGCUCACCUCCCCCAGACUGGCUGUCAGAAAGAGGACCAUCAUGGCUCUGGGUCACUUGGUUAUGUCCUGCGGGAAUCUGGUCUUCAUCGAUUUGAUCGAGCACCUUCUGACGGAGCUGGGGAGGAACGACAACAUGUCGACCACCAGAACCUACAUACAGUGCACGGCCGCCAUCAGCAGACAGGCCGGACACAGGAUCGGAGAGUAUCUGGAGAAGAUCAUUCCUCUGGUGGUGAAGUUUUGUAACGUUGACGACGACGAGCUCAGAGAGUACUGCAUCCAGGCCUUCGAGUCCUUCGUCAGGAGGUGUCCUAAAGAAGUUUACCCCCACGUCCCCACGGUCAUCUCAAUCUGCCUGCGCUACUUGACCUACGACCCCAACUACAACUUUGACGAUGAGGACGAGGACGACAACGCCAUGGACGCUGAGCAGAACGAUGAAGACUACCAAGGCAGCGACGAUGAGUACAGUGACGACGACGACAUGAGCUGGAAGGUCCGCCGGGCGGCCGCCAAGUGUUUGGACGCCGUCGUCUCAACUCGUCACGAGAUGCUGCCAGAGUUUUAUCGCUCCGUCUCUCCUGCACUCGUCUGUCGCUUCAAGGAGAGGGAGGAGAACGUGAAGGCGGAUGUUUUCCAUGCCUACCUGUCGCUGCUUAAACAGACCAGACCGGCUCAGAGCUGGUUGGCUGAUCCAGACGCCAUGGAGCAGGGAGAGACGCCACUAACCAUGCUGCAGAGCCAGGUUCCCAUGAUAGUCAAAGCUCUUCACAAGCAGCUGAAGGAGAAAAGUGUCAAAACCCGUCAGUGUUGUUUCAACAUGUUGACUGAGCUGGUGAACGUCCUCCCCGGAGCCCUGACUCAGCACAUCCCAGUACUAAUACCAGGUAUCAUCUUCUCUCUCAACGAUAAGUCGAGCAGCUCCAACCUCAAAAUCGACGCCUUGGCCUGUCUCCACGUCAUCAUGGUCACGCACCCCGCUCACGCCUUCCACGCCCACGUCCCCGCCCUCGUCCCGCCCGUGGUGGCGUGCGUCGGAGACCCCUUUUACAAGAUCACCUCCGAGGCUCUGCUCGUCACGCAGCAGCUCGUCAAGGUGAUCCGACCUCUGGACAACCAAUCAGAGGCCUCAGACAGCUUCGACCCCUCCCCCUACAUCAACGACCUGUUCACCUGUACAAUCAAACGCCUGAAAGCCGCCGACAUCGACCAGGAGGUCAAAGAGCGUGCCAUCUCCUGUAUGGGGCAGAUCAUCUGUAACCUAGGUGACCGGCUGCCUACCGAACUUCCUGGAACGCUGCUGAUCUUCUUGGAGCGCCUCAAGAACGAGAUCACCAGACUGACGACAGUGAAAGCUCUGACGCUGAUCGCCGGCUCUCCGCUGAAAAUCGAUCUGAGGCCGGUUCUCCCCGACGCCGUUCCCAUCCUCGCCUCCUUCCUCCGCAAGAACCAGCGAGCUCUGAAGCUCUGCACGCUCGCCGCUCUGGACAUCCUGCUCAGAAACUACAGCUCUGCGGUGACUCCCGUCAUGGUGGACGCGGUCCUCGCCGAGCUGCCUCCUCUCAUCUCAGAGAGCGACAUGCACGUGUCUCAGAUGGCGCUCAGCUUCCUGUCCACGCUGGCCGUGACUCACCCGUCCUCGCUGGGUCAGCUGAGCAGCGGGAACAUCCUCCAGCAGCUCAUCGCGCUGGUUCGAUCCCCGCUGCUGCAGGGCGGAGCGCUCGCCGCCAUGCUGGACUUCUACCAGGCGUUAGUGGCUACAGAGACUCCCGGUCUGGGUUACAUGGACCUGCUGAGGAUGCUGACCGGUCCAGUUUACUCCCAGAGUGCCGCUCUGCCUCACAAACAGGCCUACUGCUCCAUCGCUAAAUGCGUCGCCGCUCUGACCCGAGCCUGCCCCACAGAGGGACCCGCCGUGGUCGGACAGUUCAUCCAGGACGUGAAGAACAGCCGCUCCACAGACUCCAUCAGACUGCUCGCUCUGCUCUCAUUGGGCGAGGUGGGACACCAUGUGGACCUGAGCAGCCAACCAGAGCUCAAGACCGUCAUCCUGGACGCGUUCUCCUCCUCCAGUGAAGAGGUGAAGUCGGCAGCCUCCUAUGCGUUGGGCAGUAUUGCGGUGGGGAAUCUUCCGGAGUAUCUGCCCUUCGUCCUGCAGGAGAUCUCCUCCUCCAAGAGACAGUACCUGCUGCUGCACUCGCUCAAAGAGAUCAUCAGUUCGGCGUCGGUGUCCGGUCUGAAGCCGUACGUGGAGUCGGUUUGGUCUCUGCUGCUCAAACACUGCGAGUGUCAGGAGGAAGGAACCAGGAACGUGGUGGCCGAGUGUUUGGGCAAACUGACGCUGAUCGACCCCGAAACCCUGCUGCCCCGCCUCAAAGGAUACCUGCUGUCAGGUUCGUCGUACGCCAGGAGCUCCGUGGUAACGGCGGUAAAGUUCACCAUCUCUGACCAACCGCAGCCCAUCGACCCGCUGCUGAAGAACUGCAUAGGUGACUUCCUGAAGACGCUGGAGGACCCCGACCUGAAUGUGCGUCGCGUUGCCUUGGUAACGUUUAACUCCGCGGCCCACAAUAAACCGAGUCUGAUCCGAGAGCUGCUGGACUCGGUUCUACCGCAACUGUACAACGAGACCAAAGUCAGGAAGGAGCUGAUCCGAGAGGUGGAGAUGGGUCCGUUCAAACACACGGUGGAUGACGGUUUGGACUUGAGGAAGGCUGCGUUCGAGUGCAUGUACACUCUGCUGGACAGCUGCCUGGACCGGAUCGACAUCUUCACCUUCCUGAACCACGUAGAGGACGGACUCAAGGACCACUACGACAUCAAGAUGCUGACGUUCCUGAUGCUCGCCCGGCUGUCGUCUCUCUGUCCCAGCGCGGUUCUGCAGAGACUGGACAGACUGGUGGAACCACUGAGAGCCACCUGCACCACCAAGGUGAAGGCGAACUCGGUGAAGCAGGAGUUCGAGAAGCAGGACGAGCUGAAGCGGUCGGCGAUGCGAGCCGUCGUGGCGCUGCUGACGAUCCCCGAGGCCGAGAAGUCGCCGCUGAUGUCGGAGUUCCAGUCGCAGAUCUCGUCCAAUCAGGAGCUGGCGGCCAUCUUCGACUCCAUCCAGAGGGACUCCAGCUCCGCCAACAUGGAGUCCAUGGACACCAGCUAGAGAGACAAACAGAUCCCCCACGAUGCAACAUGGCACCACCCCCCCGCUGCUGGAGCGCUAAACCCUGCAGCAUGUUUCCAUGACAACAGGACACACACACACACACACACACACACACACACACGUAGUGACACACACUCUCCUAGCGAUCGAUCGUUCCAUGAUGCAUUGCACUGAAAUCGGCUGGAAGAAGAACGGAUGUACGGCUCACACACACGGACAAAAAGGACAAAAACAAAUAAAUAAAAAUAAAUAAAUAAAAAAAAAAAAUCCAGAAAAAUAAGUUCCAUAUGAGGCUUGGAAGCUCCUCCCACUUCCUGUUUGUUUUUCUAGCGAGGUCAUCUGAUUGGCUGAUCUUCCUGUUCAUCAUCAUUCUUCUUUUUAUUUUUAUUUUCUUUAUUUUUUUUGUUUGUUUUUUUGUUUUUCGUUUAUUCCAGAAAGUUCCACAGGUACUGUACUGUAACCUGAUUGGCCGCUGCUGAGUGACUGACAGUUGGCGCGUUAUCAAAACUGACCAAUGGGAAAACAGCCUCUUCCUGCCUGAGGCUGCGGUGACCAAUGGGAGAAGGGCUCGCUCUGUUUUUGGCGAAUGAUGUUUGCAACCAAUAGGAAGCCCCGGGGGGAGGGGGGGGGUGACGGGUGGGCGGGGUUUUACUGUUUGUGGACCAAUCAGCUUCUUUGUUUCCCCCUGAUUCAAUAAGACCCGCCCCUCGAUCCCUUCGCUCCUCUGAAGGGGGGGAUUAUUGGACCAGGUCCAACCUGACCAGACCCGACCGGACCGAUAACCGAUGUGGCGGUUGCCACGGUAACGCAGUGUGUAACACAAAGUUGACCUUAUUCUGAUGAGUUUGUCUGUCGUUCCCCCGUCAGCCUGGCUGCCCCCCCCGCCCCAGUCUGUCCAGGACUGGUUUCAUUUACUGUGCUCUAGUCUUGAUCGAUCUGGUGAAACCGGGUCCAGUCGGGUUUUAAUCCGGUUCGGUCCGGUCUGGUCGGGACAAUCCACUGUUGUUUAUCGCCCAAGAAAAAUAAAAAGGUCCAUUUCUGCCUGCCUUCA